AUGGCCGACCUCGCCAACAAAACCCUCGCCGUGACCGGCGCCGCCUCGGGCAUCGGCCUCGCCAUCGCCAUCCGCCUGGCGCAGCUGGGCGCCAACGUCUCGCUCGCCGACGUCGCGGACCAGGCCAAGCUGGACGCCGCGCUGGCGGCGGUCGUCGCGGCCGCCCGCACCGCCGGCCACGCGCACACCAAGUUUCUCAUCCGCCGCGUCGACGUGCGCAGCACCGCCGAUGUCGACGCGUGGAUGGCCGCGACGGUCGAGGAGUUGCCGGGUGAUGGCAAGAUUCACGGCGCCGCGAAUUUUGCGGGCGUGACGGGCGCCGAGAUGAACACGCGCGGCAUGGGCGAGAUCGGGGAUGAGGAUUGGGAGUAUGUCUUGGGGGUUAAUUUGACGGGCGUCAUGAAGUGCAUGCGUGCGGAGGUGCGGGCGUUCGCGGCGGAGGGCGGCGCGAUUGUGAAUUGCAGUAGCAUUCAGGGGGUUGUGGGGGUGGCGAUGCGCGAGGCGUAUACGGCGAGUAAGCACGGCGUUGUGGGGUUGAGUAGGAGCGCGGCGAGGGAGUUGGGGAGGAGGGAGGGGGGUCCGAUAAGGGUUAAUGUGGUUUGUCCAGGCCAUAUCGUCACGCCGAUGCUGGAGUCGGUGGCGGAUCUGUCGCUCAUAGAGCAAUCGCCCGAGGUGCAGGACACGACACUCCAGAGGCUGGGAAGGACGGAAGAGAUUGUGCCACUGGUCAUACACCUCCUCAGCAAGGAAUCAAGUUUCACUACCGGCGCUGUGCACAUGGUUGACGGCGGCCGAUUUGUUUAG